CUGAAUUCCUGUUGUCUUAUUUCCUGCUUUCUGAAUUCCUGUUGUCUUAUUUCCUGCUUUGCAAAUUCCUAUUGUCUAAUUUCCUGCUUUCUGAAUUCAUGUUGUCUCAUUUCCUGCUUUCCGAAUUCCUGUUUUCUCAUUUCCUGCUUUCUGAACUCCUGUUGUCUUAUUUCCUGCUUUCUGAAUUCCUGUUGUCUCAUUUCCUGCUUACUGAAUUCCUGUUGUCUUAUUCCCUGCUUUCUAAAUUCCUGUUGUCUCAUUUCCUGCUUUCUGAAUUCCUGUUGUCUCAUUUCCAGCUGUCCGAAUUCCUGUUGUCUCAUUUCCUGCUUUCUGAAUUCCUGUUGUCUCAUUUCCUGCUUUCCUUCUUGUUGUCUCAUUUCCUGUUUCUGAAUUCCUGUUGUCUCAUUUCCUGCUUUCUGAAUUCCCGUUGUCUCAUUUCCUGCUUACUGAAUUCCUGUUGUCUUAUUUCCAGCUUUCUAAAUUCCUGUUGUCUCAUUUCCUGCUUUCCUUCCUGUUGUCUCAUUUCCUGCUUUCUGAAUUCCUGUUGUCUCAUUUCCUGCUUUCCGAAUUUCUGUUGUCUCAUUUCCUGCUUACUGAAUUCCUGUUGUCUUAUUUCCAGCUUUCUAAAUUCCUGUUGUCUCAUUUCCUGCUUUCAUUCCUGUUGUCUCAUUUCCUGCUUUCUGAAUUCCUGUUGUCUCAUUUCCUGCUUACUGAAUUCCUGUUGUCUUAUUUCCAGCUUUCUAAAUUCCUGUUGUCUCAUUUCCUGCUUUCAUUCCUGUUGUCUCAUUUCCUGCUUUCUGAAUUCCUGUUGUCUCAUUUCCUGCUUUCCGAAUUUCUGUUGUCUCAUUUCCUGCUUUCUGAAUUCCUGUUGUCUCAUUUCCUGCUUUCCUUCCCGUUGUCUCAUUUCCUGCUUUCCUUCCUGUUGUCUCAUUUCCUGCUUUCCUUCCCGUUGUCUCAUUUCUUGCUUUCUGAAUUCCCGUUGUUUCAUUUCCUGCUUACUGAAUUCCCGUUGUCUCAUUUCCUGCUUUCUGAAUUACCGUUGUAUCAUUUCCUGCUUUCUGAAUUCCCGUUGUCUCAUUUCCUGCUUUCUGAAUUCCUGUUGUCUCAUUUCCUGUUUCCUUCCUGUUGUCUCAUUUCCUGCUUUCUGAAUUCCAGUUGUCUCCUUUCCUGUCUACCCUCCUCCUGUUUUUUUAUUUAGUUAAACCUUGUCACCAACAUUGCAAUUGAUGUUGUUGUAUUUAAAAAAAAAUGCAAGUGUUUUACAUUG